AUGAUUCCUGAGGUCCCGUCCGGCCCGGCACAGCGUGCUUGCUGUGUGGCAGGCGGGGCGGAGGAGACAGACAGACAGACAGGGACAGGGACAGUGAGGCAACGAGUUCUUCAGAAACAGUGUCAUAAGCUGGAUGUGGAAGGGAAAAAAAUGGAGAUCAUUGUCACAGACCCUGAAAGAGCAGUAGCUGCUGAAGAGAAGCCAUUUCCAGAAAAAUCAGUUCCCACAAAGGGUCUGGAUGCCACAAGCAACCUUCAAACAGAAGAUGGUGCAGAAGCCUUGCAGAAUGCAGAGAGUUCUGUUCCAAGCAGUGAACACCAGGAGGAAUCUGGCAGAUUCCUUCUUGCAGAAGAGUCUGCAGAGACCUCACCUUCAGUGGUGUUUGAAAACAUGGGAUGCAAUUCAGAAUACUUCAUUAUCCUGUUGGAGAACAUCAGUGGCCUGUCAGAUGAUGACUUCACUGUGGAAGAGAUACCUGAACUAAAUGUUGCUGUAGCUACUUUUAAAAAAAGGAUUGAUGCUGAAGAGUUUGUCAAAAAAUGUUCACAGCACAAAAGAGUUAGGCAACUAAAAAUGACUGCCAGGCUUCUUGAAUUGACCCAGAGCAUCAAGGCUGAAAACCUCCCAGCCAACAUUUCCAGAGAUGACAUCACCAUGUACUUCGAGAGUGAGCAGAGUGGAGGGAAGUCUGUGUCAAGUGUCCAGCUCUUCCCUGAGGAGAACUCGGCCAUCAUUACUUUCCAUGAUCACAAAGAUCUAAACACUGUCUUGGAAAAGCAGCAUUUACUGGAAGAGAGACAGAUUCCUGUGCAUCCGUAUUACCCUUCCCUGGGAACAGUCCUCUAUGGAAAAGAAAGACCACCUCUCAAGAUGCCAGACCCCUUUGGGGUGCCACUAGAUCCACAUGUCUGGCAGUUUUUACAAAGGCAGGCUAAACUGAUCCAAGACAUAGACCAGGAGAUGGCAGUUUGCCAUUGCAAGCUGGAAUGGCCACAGAAGGACUGUGCCCACCCCGAAGUUACACUGUGCCCCUCGUUACCUCUUCCUGAGCAGAAAAAGCCAGUGGUUCAGUUGAUGAAGACGUGGAAACAAGCUGCCUGUGCUGAGUUCUCACGUCUCAUGUCAUGUUAUGUGACUAUAAAGUGUAGAGUAAACUCAGUGGGUUGGGAAGAUGUGAGAAAGAGACUGGAGAAGGAUGUUGCUCUGCUCAUAGCUGACCUUCCUGAGGAGACAAUGGUGAUUGCAGGCAACAGAGCAGCAGUGGACAGAGCAGAGAAAGUCGUGAGGGAAUGGAUGGAAAACACCAUGAAGGAGACUGAAAGAGAGAGCCAAAGCAUAGAAAUUUCUGUGCCAGUGUUGCCAGGACAGUAUGCUGUUCUGCAAAAUGCUGGGCUGGAGGAGAAAAUUCACCGAGAGUACCCGUGCUUGAAGAUCUUUUAUGAUGACACAAAAAAAACUGUUCAGCUGCGUGGAUUGCCUGCAGAAGUGUAUGUCAUCAAAGCUGACUUACUGGAAAAGGUAUUGAACAUGCCAAAUACUUUAGUUACAGUUGAUCCCCAUGUUCUCAACUAUCUACGGGUCGUAGAUAAUAAAGCAAUGUCAGAGUUGUUAUUCACUGGGAAAAAAAUUAAUGCUUUUUAUGAGCAUGGUACUCUGCAGGAUGAUGUUGUAAUGCUAUUUGGAAAUACCUCCAAAGAUCUUUUGGAAGCAGAAAAGCAAAUAAAGAAAGGCUUAAAAUACAUAUGCAUUGACGUGGGGGACGAUGAGGUCAUUAAAAAGGAGGAGUGGAAAAGUCUUCUUGCCUCCUUGCUUAAGAAGUACAAUUCUUCCCAGGAAGGCCUAGUCAUUGAUGGACCUGUUGGAAAAGAAAACAAAAUUAUUAUGACUGGCUUAUCUAAGACUGUAAAAAAGGUUUAUCAGAAAUUUAGAAGUUUCCUAGAUAGAAACAUACAGGUGGAAAAAGCAAUCCCAGCUAAGUCAGUGGUGGCUGUGCAGUUUGUAGAGAACAAAUCUGAUGUUUAUCUUGAAUUGAGGAAGAAAGGUGUGACAGUAUGUUUUGACACCAGGACACCAUGUAUUCUUCUGGAUGGACCAAGAGCAGAAGUGUCAAAAGCAGUAACCAUGUUUGAAAAAAUUCUGUCAUCCCUUCACUCAAAAGAUGUGACAAUCAAUACACCAGGAGCUAAAAACUUCUUCACUGAGAGGAAAGAUUCACAUGUUCUUGAGGCAAAGCAGAAGUUUAACUGUUUGAUUAGGCUGGAAGAACAACAACAACAACAACAACAGAAGGGUGAAGAAGUUGGUAAUAAAGAGAAAAGAAAGCUCUACCAUGAGGUAGUGCUGCCAGAUGGGGUUGUAAUAGCAGUGUAUAAAGGUAACUUAUGUGAUUACCCAGUUGAUGUUGUGGUCAGUCUAUGUAAUGAAGAAUUGCAGCACAUCAGUGGUGUUGCUGAGGCACUGUCAAAGGCAGCUGGCCCGGAGCUGCAAGAGGAGUGCAACGAGGUGGUGAGGAAGACUGGCCGUUACGGGCCUGGGUGUGUACUUACCAUGGGUGCUGGGAAGCUCCCCUGCAAGAGUGUCAUGCAUGCUGUUGGGCCCAGGUGGAAGAAGCAUAAACCAGAGGAUUGCUUGUCCGUGAUAAAAGCUAUAGUGAGGACAAGUAUACAGCUGGCUGAAAUAUUCAACUAUCAUUCCAUUGCUCUGCCUGCUAUAAGUGGAGAGAGUUAUGGCUUCCCACUGCAAACCUGUACACGUUCAGUUGUAUCCUCCAUCAAGGAGACCUUGGAAAAAUGCAAGUCAGACAGCAGCUUGAAGGAGGUUCAUCUCGUGGAUGACGUGGAAGAAGUGGUUCAGGUUCUGAGCGAGACGGUAAAAAGAGUGUUUGCAGCUAAAUCAUUCUCCCUGAUACUGAUGAUGCCCCGCUCAGAGGGCAGUGAGCUGAAAGAAAGCCAGGAGCAUCUGCAGGUGGUUACAACAAAUGAAGGGCUUUGUAUCCGAGUAGAAGAGAAAAACAUCCAGGAAGCCACGACGGAUGUUAUUGUCAACAGUGUUGGCAGAAGUCUGAAGUUUGGUAUGGGGCCUCUUUGCAAAGCCGUGCUGGAAAAGGCUGGAAUUGCACUCCAGUGGGAGUUUGACCAAGAAAAAGAAAGGCAGGAAGGUGUUCAAGGAGGUGUGGUCUGCACCAGUGGAUGUGCUCUGCCCUGCAAGUCCGUGCUUCAUGCCAUACUUCCUCUCUGGGAUGGAGGAAGAGGACAGGCCCUGCAGACCUUAGAAGAUAUAAUCUAUUUCUGCUUGAAGAAAACUGAAGAACUUGGACUGAAAUCGAUCACUUUCCCAGCUAUUGGAACUGGAGGAUUUGGAUUUCCUAAAUACAUUGUUUCUAAGCUAAUGUUUGAUGUGGUCUUCAAGUUUAGUCGUACGCACACUCGGAAGACUCUCCAGGAAGUUAAUUUUUGCUUGUAUCCAAAGGAUCUGGGUACCAUUGAGGCUUUCACCAUUGAGCUAGGACACAGGAUCACUGAGAAUUGUGAUGCUGCAGCAGCAGGGGCAGGUUCCAUUAGGUGUGUUCCAACUGAAGUAGUGGGAGUUCAUAAAAUAUGGAUUGGCCCCAUUAAGCUUGAAGUAGCUAAUGGAGAUAUUACCAAGGAAGAUACAGAGGUUAUUGUAAACAUAGCAAAUGAAAAAUUUAAUGCCAAAUCAGGGGUCUUCAAAGCAAUCAUGGAUGCUGCAGGUUCCCAGGUAGAAGACGAAUGUACUCAAUAUGCUGAGCAGUGUCAAAGUGGCUUUAUUACUACACAUGGUGGGAAACUGUUGUGCAGUAGAAUCAUCCAUGUGAUUUACAAUAGCAACGUGAAGAGUCUGGUCUCCAAAGUGCUUAACGAGUGUGAGCUAAGGAUGUACACAUCUGUCACCUUCCCAGCAAUUGGAACAGGUCAAGGAGGACUGAGUCCAGCAUAUGUAGCCGAUGACAUGUUGGAUGCCAUAGUGGAAUUUGCAAGCCAAAGAUCAGUACAGAAUCUGAAACAAAUUAAAAUCGUGGUCUUCCAGAGAGCUAUGCUCAGAGACUUUUACUCCAGCAUGAAGAAGAUAAGAGAUUCAGAUUCAUCCACAGAAAAUUCACAGGUGUCUCCAGUUAGAUCUUGUUUUUGGCGCAGAAUCCAACCCACUGAGAAGAAAAAGCCCAGGGCUUUGAAGAAGAAAGUUGAUUUAGCUACAUUUCAAAUUUGUGGAGAAAGCAGACAAAAAAUAUAUGAAACAGAAUUGUGGUUAAAGAAAUUAAUUUCAAAGGAACAGUUUGAAAACAUUAUGUCAGAUGAGCUAAUUGAAGAUUUUGAUGACAGUCACGUUGACACCUUGGCAGAUCUCCAGAAAAGAAAGGAUGUUAAAAUUCAGUUUGAAAAUACACUUUCCCCCCCCAAGAUUAAAAUCUCUGGUAUUAGCAAAGAUGUCUGGUUUGUUUCUGGGGAAGUUAAAAAAAUGAUCCAAAACAUUAGAGAUACUGAAGAAGAGCGAUCCAAGGCAGAACUUGCUUUUAACCUGGUUGAAUGGAGGUAUCCUGGAAGCAAUGGCAGCUUUGUUACUUUUGAUAAACUGACAAAUAUGCAGCUGGAGGAUGCCAAAAUAGCUAAAAGACCACAUCUUACUGUCAAAAUUAACAACAACAACUACAAGGUGGAUCUGAAUAGUCUACAGGCUAUUGAUGACCAAGGGAAAACUAUAAACAUUCAACGUGUGCCAAAAAAUGAAGACAACCAGGCAAUAGAGCUCCCUAUGCAUUGGGAAGACAUGAAAGAGGAACGGGUCAAACUGGUGAAUCUCCAACCACCAUGUCAGGAAUUUCUGGAAGUUGAGAGACAAUUUCGGAAAAGCUGUCCCGGAGCGAUCAUAGAGAAGAUUGAAAGAAUGCAAAAUCCCUACCUUUGGCAGACAUACCAAAUUAAAAAAAUAUCUCUCUGUGCAAAGAACAAAAAUGAAAAUAAUGAGAGGAUGCUAUUUCAUGGGACAACUGCAUGCUCAUUGAGCAACAUCAACUUAAAUGGAUUUAAUCGUGCGUUUGCUGGAAAGAAUGCUGCAGUAAUUGGACAUGGAACCUACUUUGCUGUUGAUGCAAGUUAUUCUGCUAGGGAUACUUACUCCACACCAGACAAGAACAACAGAAGAUACAUGUACUUGGCUCGGGUCCUCACGGGGAAGUACUGUGCUGGGAGAAGAGGACUAAGAACUCCACCACCAAAAAACCCAGCAGAUCCUUUUGACCUGUUUGACAGCGUAGUUGAUGAUGUGACGAAUCCAUCAAUGUUUGUCAUAUUUAAUGACAUUCAGGCAUAUCCUGAAUACCUUAUUACUUUCAAAAAAUAA